CGUUACUCAGCUGCAGAGAUGGAUCUCCAGCGAGAAAAUGACUCAGAACUGAAUCUGGCUGAGGACUCCAGGACAGAGCAAAGGAAAAGCAAGGGCAUGAAAAGUUCCAUUUUACGAACUGAACAGCAAAUGUCCUCUGUGGAAAUAGAGUUUCCAAAUGCUUCUGAAGAUCUUCAAGGAAAUGACAAGGACCACUGCACAGAUUUGCCAUCACCACCAGAGAAGCUUAUUGCUGGCAUCCUGGGAUUCAUCUGCUUUAUCUUGAUGUACACUGUAUUAAGAAUGGUACAUUUUAUUCCCUGUACUAUAAAGCUGGAGCAGAGUAAUCCAUCCACAGUAACAAUAUUGGAGAAAGAACACUAUUGUGGUCUUUGUCUACCGGAGUGGUUUAUGUAUUUCAACCAUUGCUAUUACCUUGGUACUGAACAAAAAACAUGGACUGAGAGUUUGAUGGCCUGUGCUUCUAAGAACUCUAACCUGCUCUAUAUAGAUAAUAAAGAAGAAAUGAAUUUUAUGCAUAUUUUCAAUGCAUUUAUGUGGAUUGGAGUCUCCCAUAGAAACAGUAAUAAUUCUGACUUGUGGACAAAUGGCCCAGUUUUCUUUUCCAAACUAUUUGCAAAAACUUCAGAGUUGGACAAGAAAUGUGCAUUUGGGGAUUUUGAAGCACAAAAGCUCUACUUGGCAUCAUGUUCAGGAAAAAAACACUAUGCUUGUAAGCACCAGGCAGUGUGGCUCACCUAAACUUGGUACAAUGUUACUCUCACCAUCUCUAAAGAACACAUUUCUAGUUCCUUCAAGAAUGCUGCAAUUAUUUUUGCACUACUUUUUUAAGACAUUAUUUUGGUACCAGUUUUAUUUUCAUGAGAAAAUGAAGAGGAAGGUACUGACAUUCCCCAUGUUCCCCAUGUUCCCCUGCAUGCAGAGCAUCCCCAUUAUCAGCAUCACUCAGCAGAGUGCGACGUUUGUUACUGAGAGUGAGUCUGUACUGACACAUCGUAGUCACUUAAAGUCCAUACUGUAUCUGACACUUCAUCCUUGGUAUUGGAGAAUUGUUUUAAACCUAUAUUCAUGUUAAUUUUAAAAAUAUAUAUAUCCAGGUAUAUAUUA